AUGAGUGAUCCCCUCUCGGUCUCAGCUUCUGUCAUUGGGCUUCUCACAGCUGGCGUUGCCAUCACCAAAACGCUGAACGAUGUCGUUCAACAGUAUAAGGACGUGCCGAAGUUCUCGAAGUCAGUCCAGCAAGAAGUCACAAACAUCACUGCAGCACUUGAAUUGCUCCAUCCCUAUCUGGACCAAAAAGCACGCGCCUCGUCUGACCGCAAAGCUCUCAUUCAAGUCGAGCAUGUAGUGACUACGCUCACUGGCUGCGUCAUCACCUAUUCUGACUUGCAAGCGUUGCUUGACACCCUCCACCAGGAUCCCAAGCGUGCUUUCGACAAGCUCAAGUGGGUUCGUAGAGAGAAGCAGAUCUCAGCGCUUGUGUCAGAUUUGCAGUAUCACAAGUCGUCGUUGACGUUGAUUUUGACAACCUUGCAAUGCCAAUCUCUGCAGGAGGCAGAGCAAUCGAGUCGCCGCCUGGCGCGGCUUGUCGAAGGUCUGCUGCAAAGCAGUUCGCUUGUGGCCUGCCGCAUGGCUGGGAUGUGUGACGAAGGCUCAAUCAUCGCUAUCGCCAACGACAACGGAGAUGCCGCCUCCACUAUCAGAGCGAGCAGAAGCGUUGAUCGUAGAUCAAUGCUUGCUGAUGCGAGCCAGGGCAUUGUGCCACAACACGCCUUCGAACAAGAUCUUAUAGCAUCGCGAGUCUACAACCGAGCCAUCUUCCAGAGACAAUCCAUGACAUCCCGUAACAGUACGGCGUUCUACACAACGGCCUUGUCGGUGUUGUCAGGUCUGAGCUUAUCGCAAGUCUCGACCAUUUCGUUCUACGCCUUACCAGUCUACUCCAGCGAUCUCAGCAAUAGUGCUCAUUAUCAUUUUGGAAUGGAUGGUUCCGCUGCAACGGAAGCCGCUCUUCAAGUCAGAGCCCAUGCGGCCGUAUUUUCAAGCAGAGGUGGUCCCGUCUUAGGGUCAGAUCUCGAGUACCAUCCAUGGAUUGCCUUGGACGAACGAUCGCGUUUCGUAGCCCCACGUCCAGCACCGGUGCCACCCCAAUCACAGCAGACUCAGCAUGAAGCAGGACUCAAUUUCCAAAACUCAACCCUCCUGGCCAGAGAGGUUUACCUCCGGGCCGAAGAAGAUCGGCUCCGAGCAAUUGAGAAGAUCGUCCAACGCGAAAUAGCUGAGAAGCGCGAGGAACUUGCAGCACGUGAGAAACAGCUGCGGGAAAUAGAGGCGCGUAUGGAGAGAGAGAAAGCCGUGGCGCGUACUCUUUCGCAACCCCCGGUUCCCCUACACACGGCCAAGUCUCCUUAA